AUGUAGGAUGAAUUACAAUUGUGGCAGGACCAAUAGACACAGCUUAUCAAGGAAAAAGGUUUAAAUUGUCCUUCACUUUCCCUGAAAAUUAUCCAUUUAAGGCUCCUUGCUUGUAAUUCUUAACUGAAAUAUUCCAUCCAAAUAUUAAUGAAAAAGAUGAGUUUUGAGAGGAUUUGA